AGAGAGUCCUAGCAAGAUCUCAAGUACAGAUGAAACGGCUAUAUGUCACUUUCUGUAGAAAUCCUGAUAAUACGCAGCAAUGGCGUCGAAUGGUGAACCCCCGCCACAGGGAACUAACGAACCAGUCUCUCCACCUGCAGUACCAGCAGGGCCCAGCAACUUCCAGGCACAAUGGCAACAAUUGCGUACUAAUUUCGAUCCAAACCUUCUUGCCGACCUGCGACGACGCGAACCCUCGGCCCAUUCGCUCUAUGAGAUCGAAACAAUUAUCAACGGGCUUUGCAGAAGUGUUCAGUGGGGUCACCAGCUGAACAGUCAAAUGGGACACGCUAUCGUCGAUUUCGAUGCGAUUCAAGAACGUGCGAGACAGUUUGUGGCCAACACUUCCCAGGCGACUAGGGAGAUGAGAAGGGAACUUGGUUGGAAUGUGCGAGAAUUCGACAUUUCUCUUCUUCGCCAGAUACGCCGCUCUUCGGCGCUCUCGCUCGUGCUUGGGGCUGGCGCGUCAAUGGCGGCCCCUUGCAAUGCUCCAAGCUGGCCAGCACUAGUGAAGCGUCUGCUGCGCCAGACAAUUGGCAGAGUCAUGGAGCUUUGGCUUCCCAGGCCUCAGGACUUGGAGCAGCUGCCUCCUGAGGCUCCACGAGGGCUUGUCAAUGAAAGGUUCAUCUCCAGGAACCCAGCAGGCCCCAACUGGACACCUACCUUUGACUACAGCCACGUCGGUCAGAAUGGCGUUCAGCGGAACUUUACGAUUGGUUAUUACAGAGAAUCAGCAAGAAGAUACAACGCUGACGAAGAGACGACCGCGGUUGAAGUUCUCCGGCGUAUUGAAGAGGCCCAGAGGAAUAAUCAAUCAGUUGAUGCUGAUAUCUUGAUGCGCGGCGCUGAUGUUUGUCACGAUCUUUGCGGACAGCGACUGUUUACCCUUAUGACAGCCAUGCUCUACGAGGGAGAUAGGAUGCCGAGCGAGACACAUCGCGCGAUCGCAAAAUUAGCACGGAGUCAGUUUGUUCCCGAAAGGCAGGACCACUUUAUGGGCUGGGACGGCAUCAUCACAUACAACUACGAUGAUUUCAUGGAGCAAGCACUUUCAGAUCUCCAGAUUCCCAGCGCCGCAAUUGCCAUGCGUGGAGACGAAAUAGCAGGUGAUCCGAACCGCUUCGCGAUAUCAGUCGGGCCAGGUGGGCUAUACCUCCCAGUGUACCAUCCGCAUGGGUAUACACCGAGAAGACCGUUCCUUAUAACAACAGUACCAUACGUCUUUGCCACAAGUGGCUAUCAGUCGCAAUAUGGGCAGUCCGUCUCAAAGGUCCUAGAACGCUUCAAGUCUGACUACCUGGAGAACCCUGUUCACGUGGCCUUGUAUGUUGGGUGUUCAUUCUCAGACAGGUACAUGAAUCAGUUGCUUCAAGAUGCCUUUGAAAGGUGGCCUGGCAGAUAUCAUUAUGCGCUGUUGCCGUGGCCUGGUGGUUUGGCCGACGAUCGGGAACCCUCUGGUCAAGAGAUUGAGCAGCGGUCUGAACAAUACCUCGCUAUGGGGAUCCGCCCCAUCUGGUUGAGGAAUUUUGGAGAGAUACCGCACAUUAUCUCGCAGCUCGAGUAGCAGCAUAGCUAAAGCUCAGGCCAAGUGCUGGAUUGGUAUCUUCGUCGCCGCGAGCCGCGCUGGCCAGUCGGCCAGCAACUACUAGGGCAAUCGGUUGCGCGUGCAAUCGUCAACCGCAACACGUCCGUCUUAUAGCCCUUGAUCUCACGCUGCACGGGCUCACUGCCGCGUUACCUGAUUGCAUCCGUCUCGGCAGGCUUCUUGUGGAUAUAGUACUGGAGCGCGGCCUCCAUUGUUGGCUUUUCCCCGACUCCGACCGAGACAAUAUUGAGGUCAGAGACGAGCUGUUCUCUCUCAGCCGUAGGGAUUUCUUGGAGCGACCUCCGUGAUUGUGAAAUUAUUAUCCUGUGUAAAAUAAGAGUAUAUGUACAAACCCUUAAACUGCUGAAAGUAAUGGAGAAAAAGUGCGUGAAAAUUAGGUAGUAGGUCAAGCCGGAGGAGUCAUCC